AUGGGACCAGGGUCCACACUACUCCUCCCGGGCCUGUUCCUGGUCCUGGGCUGCUUUUCUUCGCCUUCCCGCCUUCGCGGGUCACCGGCCUGGACAUCAGGGGUCCCCAGAGUCACCCCAGGGCUCCGGCUGGGCAUCAGCCCUGUUCAUCCUGGCCAGCGGCUCUGCGUGGCCCCUGAGGGCACCGUCCCCAGGAGUGAAGGAAGCAAAGCUCCUAGUCUUCAUGCGGCCCCGCCCCAUCAGCGCACUGUGAGCCCCUGCCACCACCGGCAGGUGAAGAUUAUCCAGAGAAAGGCAGAAGUGGCCCUGAAGGACAGCAUCCAGGAGCAGCGCUGGGCUGCCCUGCCUGGCUGCGCCUGCCUAGCCCACGCUCAGCAACUGCAGGCCGGGGUGCAUUGGUCCGCUUUACACAGCCCCGGGGCUUCUCUGAAUCCCGGCCGGAAGUUACUUCAUUUCACCGAGGCUAUCACUACAUGGGAUCCCAAUGCGCUGCUGGUAAAAGACUCAGAUCCCGUCUCUGUGUGGCCCAUUAGCAGCCCCCUGAGGGCGGUCCUUCUUGGAGAUGCGAGCCAAAUGGUUCAUUUUACAGAUGAGCUGAUUCUGAAUGGGACCGUGUCCUUUAACCCAGAUGCAGACAACCCGGUGGAGGGACUCCAUUUCUCCUGGUACUGUACCACCAAUGCCGGAAACUACAUUGGAGACCAAGUAACAGAGACAGACCAGGAAGUCUGUCACCCAGAUCAGGCCAAUCUGCACUGGGCUUGGGCCUUUGGACAGGUGCUGAUGCUUUCACCAGAGACCCUUAAAGGAGAUCGUGUGUAUUAUUUCAGAAUGGUGAUAUGCAAGGGUCACAAAGCAGCGUUUUUUGAUAAAAGGGUCCAUGUGCUCCAAGGACCAACACCCACAGCACAUAUUUCAUGUAAUGAAAACUGUGAUCCCAUUUUAGACGUAUCUCGCAGAAUUUCCUUGUUUCUGAAUUGCACAAGUUGUGGCCGGCGGGAUGUCUACACCUGGUCCAUUUUUUCUCCACUGGGUGAGGAGGUGUCCUUUGAUUGGAGCAGGCAAACUGUAACGGGCAGGAAUGCUGCUUACCUGUCUGUGAAAGCUUUUGCCUUUCAGAGUUUUUUGGAAGCUAAAUUUUGGGUUUCUGUUUAUCUGGAGAGUUGGAGUGGCACGACCUUGGAGUUCAGACAUUCCUUUAUCAUCAACCACAGCCCUCAAAUCGGGGAAUGCCAGGUGAAUCCAGCAAAAGGAAUAGCAAUGUUUACUCAGUUUGUUAUCAAGUGUAGUCAUUUUAAGGAUCAGCAUGUCCCUCUUGCAUAUAAAAUAACAGUUUCUGAUUUGGGCAGUGUUGGUGAUGUCAGUUUGGUGAAAGAGAACACUCUGGGGACCAUCUUGUAUUGGGGGACACAGGCCACAGCACCCCCUUCCUUUCUCCCUGUUGGCUCCUCUGCAAAUCAUUAUGCCUUGAAGAUACUUGUUCAGGUUUAUGACUCUCUGGGAGCUUGUUCUCCAGUGACUUUCUCUGUCACCGUGUGUCCUCCCACUGACAGAAGCUCUGCGAAGACCGUGUUGUGGCACCUCCUCAAUUUCACCUUGGGACCAACUUCUUUGCUGUCUACCUUGCUUCACGGGCAGGACUGGUUACUUGCAAGUCGCUUAAUGAAUGUGGUAGCUUCCGUGUUGAAUAGCAUGGAAACUGCACAAAGCCUCAGAGAGCACAAAGCCCACCUCCGAGAACACCUGCUCAAUCAGUCCUGCACACUUCCUCUAAGAACUGUGGAGGAAGUGGGCCAGGCGGUGACAGCUAUUACUGAGCUAACACGAGAAGCCUCUGAGGUCACCCAGGUUGCUCAGAAAUAUGCCACAGUGGGGAUACGGCAAGCAAAUCAAGCCCCGCAAACAUAUGAACGGGAAGACGAGCACUUUAGCUCUGAACAGAUAGAAAUGGUGAGCGCUGGAAUAUUAAUGAGCUUGUCUAAUAUACUUAAACUGGCUACUCCUCAUGAGGUGUUCGAAGAUGCUUUCUAUGUAAUGGAAUCUCUAUCAGACACAGUAUUGGCUCAUAAAGUACCAGGGAGUGAAGCUACCGUGCUAAGGGCUCCUGGGUUUGGUAUGUAUGUGGAGAAAGUUGCAAAGUGGGAUGCGGCUCAGGCCUUCCGAAAAGAAAAACACGGCCAAAACUGGUUCCACGUAAUCCUAAAUACAAGCAGAGUUCCUGGUCUGGCUGUAAAUGCUCCCGUUUCUGUGAUGUUCUGUGAGUUUACAGAUGAUGCAUUUCCUUGGUUAAAUUACCCAGAAAGCAUUUCGACAGAGGUGGGCGGGUUCAGGAUGACGGGUGCCACAGGUAAAGGGAGCAUGAUAGAGGUGAUACCGGACACAGUGGAAGUGUACCUCACCAGAAAAAACUUGACCUCUGCGACUUUUAAUCUCACUGUGGGACCUGACAGUGAGGCCACAGGGUCCUCGGGGACGAUGGCAGGGGCGUUUAGCUUUGAAGUGGACAGCAGAGGUGUUAGGGAGGUGCUGGUCCACAUCGUGACAGAAGUGACUGGGCUGUUGAAGGUGUUGGUGUAUGUGGGCCGUCAUGUCGCCCCCACCCAUCUGGUGGCCACCUUCCUGGUGCCUCACGACAUGCCUCCAGUUGUCAUCCAGAGUGUCCUGUUUGACCCAGCCUGUAGAGUCAGGGUGGCUAGAGUGGUCUGCCUGCCCCCGUCCCUGCUGCAGGUUAUGACUCGGCACAGCCGCUCGCCCAAGUGCGACAUAUCUGUGGUUCUGCAGGCCCCACACUUUGUCCUGGAGCCCAGCCACAAGCUAGUGAGAAUUUCUGUCUUUGGUGCCAGCUGCCUGGACAUGCACAGGAUCCGGGGCCAGUGGAGAGAAGAUGCCUGCACGCUGGGUGAAAAGACCACCUGGAACAAAGUACACUGUACCUGCAGGUACAUGACAAGGGCACGGCGGCAGCUGAGGACUCCAACCCAUGUUCCCCUGCGUACACGCUACGUGAUGGGCAAGGUGAUCACAAUCCCUAAUUCUGUGGAUCUACAGUUGAACGUCACCCAGGACUGUCAGUACAACCCUGUGACUCUCCUCACUGUGCUUUUCAUCAUGGUCAUCUACACAAUUCUAGCUUUCUGGGCCUUGCAUAGGAAUGAGAUGGACCAAUUUCUUUGGGACUAUGUGGUGGUCCUGCCUAACAAUGAUCCUUAUGAUAACACGUGCUACCUGGUCACUAUCUUUACAGGAAGUUGUUGUGGGGCUGGAACCAGGGCCAGUGUCGUUGUCCAGCUUAGGGGCACAGAGAGCACCAGCGAUGUGCAUUGCGUAAGCCACUUGCACUUUAGAACUCUCUUCCGAGGAAGCAUCAGCGCUUUACUUCUGACAACAAAAAGUGACUUAGGGGACAUCCAUUCCAUUCGAGUGUGGCACAACAACGAGGGCAAAGCACCUAAUUGGUAUCUGAGUCGAAUCAAGGUGGAGAAUCUGUUUAGCAGGCACAUUUGGCUGUUCAUGUGCCGAAAGUGGCUUUCUGUUGACACCACUUUGGAGAGAAUGUUUCAUGUUACAUAUCCAGAGGAGCCUGUGAGAAGAAUGGACUUCUUCCUGAUAGACCUGACCUAUAAGCUGAGGACACACCGCAUGUGGUUUUCGGUUUUUGCUGAUUUUGUUGCCAAACCAUUCAGUAGGCUCCAAAGAUUGUCCUGUUGCUUAGCAACACUGCUAAGCUGUCUUCUUUGUAAUACUCUGUUCUUUAAUCUGAACAGUCAAGAGAAGGCUGCCUCAAGAGAGGGGCGCUACAUCAGAUUAAUGACGAUAGGAAUUCAAAGUGUCUUAAUCACAAUCCCGGUGCCAAUGUUAAUUACUUUUUUCUUCACCCACUCCCAGAAAAAAUCCCAAGUAGAGCUAGAUGAGGUGGUUCCUCAAAAGCAUCCUCUGACUUUGGCAGGCAGUGAGGGCUGGGAGGAGCGCUUGUGCAAGUGGGAAGUAUGUGAAGCUGACAAGGGGUGCAGCAGGGAAGCCUCAAAACCCACUGUGAAGGUUUUGUCCGGACAACCAAAGGCUUCUCUCCAGGUGACCGCUGAGACAGCAGAGACCAAUACAAAUGUCAGUAACAGAAACACGAAAGACAUUCCAGAUGUCCCUUCUGGAGAACCCUCUUCCCAAGGGGAUCCUAAACAUUGUAAGACACAACCCUGGAUCACCCUGCCUCGGUGGUGUGUUUAUGUAGCAUGGUUGUUAGUGCUCACCACUUGUACCGUAUCCUCAGUCUUUAUCAUCUUCUAUGGUCUGACUUACAGCUAUGACAAGUCAGUAGAGUGGCUCUUGGCAUCUUUUUGCUCAUUUUGUCAGUCAGUUUUUCUGGUGCAGCCAUUAGAGAUUAUACUCUGGUCAGGCAUCAGGACAAAUAAACCCAAGUACUGUAGAAACCUGGCGUGGUCAACUAAAUAUCAGUCUAUUGAGAUCAAGCUGUGGGGGAUGAGGAUGCAUCCAGAUGAAAGGCAGCAGCUCCAGGAGCACCUCACCUGCCUGCGUGGCUCGAAGAUGUACCAGCCCCUCAUGGAAGAUGAAAUCAGGAUAUUCAGAAGGAGGAAGAGGGUCAAGAGAAGAGCUGUCUUGUUCCUGAGCUACAUCGUGAUGCAUUGCAUCUUCCUGGCCCUGCUGUUGCUCCUCAUUGUCCUGCUGCACCACACUGACAGCUUCUACUACUACCAGUUCAUCCAAGACUGCUUUUCCGGGGACCUUCCUGCAGUGACAAACCUGGAGGACAUCUACAAGUGGCUCAACCGCGUGCUGUUGCCUUUGCUCCACAAUGACCGGAACCUGACCUUUCUCCCCGACAGCUCCUCCAAGAUCUUGGGGCUUCCCCUCAAGAGACAAGUGAGGGCAAAACCUGGUGGAAAAAUGUGUCCACCUGCUAAAAGCUUUGUGCAGGACAGCAUGGCAGGAGAAAUUCACUGUCAUCCCAAGUAUGGCACCGACGCAGAGGACACCACAAACUACUCUAGGUUUUGGGGUGAAGUUGAUAAGCAGGCUAUGAGCAGGAAUAUUGAUGGGUUCACUUAUAAACCUCAGGGAAAGAGGUGGGUGUAUUAUUCCUAUGGACCGUUACAUACCUAUGGGUCCGGAGGGUAUGUAUUCUAUUUUUUCGCAGAACAGCAGCAGCUUAAUUCCACACUGAGGCUUAGAGAACUUCAAGAAAGCAAUUGGCUUGAUGAGAAGACAUGGGCUGUGAUUCUGGAACUAACCACUUUCAAUCCAGAUGCCAGUCUGUUCUGCAGCAUUUCUAUUGUAUUUGAGGUUUCUCAGCUAGGAGUUGUCAAUGCCAGCAUCUCCACCCACUCCUUCUCACUUACUGAGCUCCACAGCGAAUCGCUGGCAGAGAUCUACCUGUAUGUGGCCAUUCUCAUUUUCUUUUUAGCUUACAUUGUUGACGAGGGCUACGUCAUCACGCAAGAGGGAGCUUCCUAUGUGAAAAGCAUGUACAACUUGCUCAACUUCACUUUGAAAUGUAUAUUUACUGCACUGGUCAUGCUUUUUUUCAGGAAGUAUUUCUUGGCUGCUGGCAUGAUCCAAUUUUACUUGUCUAACCCGCAUGACUUCAUUCCUUUCCAAGCAGUUUCCCAAGUAGAUCAAACUAUGAGGAUAAUCCUGGCUUUCCUGUUAUUUCUGACCAUCUUGAAGACCCCCAGAUAUUCCAGAUUCUUCUGUGAUGUGCGCUUGGCCCAGAGGGUCAUCCAGGCCGCCCUUCCUGGCAUCUGUCACAUGGCCAUUGUGGUGUCUGUGUACUUCUUUGUGUACAUGGCCUUUGGUUACCUGGUAUUCGGUCAACAUGAGUGGAACUACAGUAACUUGAUUCAUGCCACUCAGACAAUAUUCUCCUAUUGUGUCUCAGCUUUUCAGAAUACCAAAUUUUCCAGUAACAAGGUUCUUGGGGUCCUGUUCCUCUCCUCCUUCCUGCUGGUGAUGGUCUUCCUCUUGAUCAACUUGUUUCAGGCCAUGAUCUUGUCAGCCUAUGAGGACAUGAAGCAGCCUGUGUACGAAGAACCAUCAGAAGAGGUAGAAGUCAUGUCCUACCUGUAUCACAAGCUAAGAAGUGUCUUUAGCUUUCUGGCCCCUGACCCUAGGGCCAGAGAUGAGCCUGAAUUCUUUAUUGACAUGCUGUAUGGGCAGCCAGAGAAGAAAAGCUGCCGGCAUCUGGGGCUGAAGACCCAAAACAUUAAUGGGAAGAAAAUCAUUUACCUUGUUGUUUGAACAGUGAUGAUUUCAAGAACCACAAACAAUAGUCUCCCAGAGA